AUAAGGAAGGACGCAUAUUUUUGUUCGUUUACACCAGGCUAGUUUCCCAUUUUAGUAUCCAUGCCUGCUUUCUAGCCGUUGGAACCUCCAGCUCCAACCUCCUUCCUUCUCUUACGUGUUCGACAUUCACGCCAGCGGAGGCUGAGUUCUAUAACCGGCGGCGAUGUCUCUCCGGCCUUCGAUUCGAGCUGCGGUUAGGAAGAAGGAAUACAAGAGUGGGGUGGAUGGGGAGGAUGCGAGGAGGAGGAGGGUGGACAUUUUGGUUGAGAUCAGAAAGACCAAAAGAGAGGAUAAUCUCCUGAAGAAGAGAAGGGAGGGCCUUCUCCAAGCGGGGCAGGUGCUCGAUCUUGCCUCCCAUGCUCUUCCAGCGAAAGAAAAGUUGGAUGAUCUUCCUGCAAUGACUCUAGGAGUAUGGUCUGCAGAAAGCCACAUACAAUUGAGAGCUACAACGCAGUUCCGGAAGCUUUUAUCUUUUGAAAAGUGUCCACCUAUUGAAGUGGUUAUCAAGGCAGGCGUGGUUCCCCGGUUUGUGGAAUUUCUCUCAAGAUCAGAUCUUCCACAAUUGCAGUUUGAAGCCGGAUGGAUUUUAACCAAUGUGGCAUCUGGGACUUCAGAGCAAACAAGAGUCGUCGUUGAUCAUGGAGCUGUUCCGAAAUUUGUGCAACUUUUGAGUUCUCCCAGUGAUGAGGUUCGGGAACAGGCUGUAUGGGCAUUGGGGAAUGUUGCUGGGGAUUCAUCAAAGUGUAGGGACAUUGUUCUUGAGAAUGCUGCACUUUUUCCAUUGCUUGCUCUGUUAAAUGAAGGGUCAAAAAUCUCAAUGAUUAGAAAUGCGACAUGGACCUUAUCCAAUCUUGUUCGUGGCAAUCCUCGUCCAGCUUUUGAGCAGAUUAGAGAUUCACUUCCGGUACUGCAACGCCUUGUCCAUUCAACUGAUGAAGAAGUUCUGUCAGAUGCUUGCUGGGCUCUCUCAUAUAUGACUGAUGGAGCUAACGACAGAAUCCAGGCAGUGAUUGGGGCUGGAGUCUGUCAAAGGCUUGUUGAACUUAUAAUCUAUCCAUCUCCCACAGUUCUUGUACCUGCUCUCAGGACUGUGGGAAAUAUUGUCUCCGGAGAUGAUGUUCAGACACAGUGCAUUUUGGAUAAUGGGGUACUCCCUUGCCUCUUUCAUCUUCUCACACGAAGUUACAAGAAGAGCAUAAAGAAGGAGGCAUGCUGGACCAUUUCAAAUAUCACUGCUGGGACCGGUGAUCAAAUACAGGCUGUUAUUGAUGCAAACAUUAUUAGUCCUUUGGUUCAUCUGCUGAUGCAUGCAGAAUUUGACAUAAAAAAAGAAGCAGCUUGGGCUAUCUCAAAUGCUACUUCUGGGGGUUCCACUGAACAAAUCCACUAUUUGGCAAGCCAGGGUUGCAUAAAGCCAAUGUGUGAUCUCUUGACUUGCUCUGAUCCGAGAGUCAUAAGAAUCUGCCUUGAUGGCCUCAAGAACAUAUUGAAGGCCGGCGAGGAUGAGAAAGAUAUGGGAAGGACCAAUGGGAUCAACAUCUAUGCUCAGAUGAUCGACGAGUGCGAGGGUUUGGAUAAAAUUCAUAGCCUUCAGGGCCACGGCAACAAUGAGAUAUAUGAGAAGAGUGUGAAGUUGCUUGAGAAGUAUUGGAUCGAAGUGGAGGAGAACGGCGAGGAGAGCGCAGGGGAAGCAUGUUUUGGAUUUGGAUAUAGUUCCGCAACCAAUUCUGUUAAUGGUGAUUUCAAAUUCACCUGAAUCUCCUCCCAUUUCAUGGGACUCAUCUCUCUUUGGUUUCAGAGAGAAUCAUUAUGAGCUUUUAGCUAAUAUGAAUGUCAGAGUUUUUGGUCUUUUAGUUUUGAAGGUGCUCUUUUUCUUUUUUAUAGUUUUGAUUUGUUUGUUUGUUUUGGUGUUACUCUUCUGUCUGUUUCGUCUAUGAACUUAAGAGGAGUAUAUUUUUUUUUCUUUUUUGAUGAAAUAAUGGCCGUCUCUGCUUUGGGAACUGGCUUACAGAUACAUGUAAAUUUUCAUACACAACAGUUUUUGGCUGA